AUGUCGUCCCUUUCUAUCAAUGACCAAGCUCUCCUUGCUGGCAUCAACUGUCACAUGCAUCAUCUCAACAAUGGGACUUUUACAAUGGGAGAUCUCGGUUCCGAUCCGGCUUUGUAUUCGUGCUCGGGUUCUGAUUCUGAUUCUGACUCAGAUUCUGAAAAGAUUGUCGAACCACGCGACCUCUUUUUCAAUGUGAAUACGAUUCAGAAAACGGUUGAAAAGGGUACGAAAGCUCGCUUUCGUGGUGCUGCUCGUCGUUUGAUGCUGGGACGUCGGCAAGGAAGAUGCAGCGUUUACAAAAUGCACCCAGGAGGCUUUGCCGAAAAGUUCAAUUACGAUUUCACGAAUAUUUUGACCGAUCAGCAACCAUUCUCUCGGGGUGGAUCUCAAUACAUUCGCCCACUGGGGUCAGUGCGUUAUGCUCUCGAUGUUCUGGACAAAUAUGGGGACAAUGCCUGGCUCGGAUACGUUGGGCGCCAAAGUGCGAACGGCUCUAUUGAUGGCGAAUGGCCAGUUGCUUAUCAUGGAACAACGGAUCCGCGGGCUGCUGAAAUUGUUCGUAGUGGUGGACUUGAUUUGAAAAAAGGCGAGCGUUUCAAGUUUGGACAGGGUAUCUACUGCACUCCUGAUCCAAAGACUGCACUCUAUUAUGCAUCUCCUUACGAACACAAUGGAAAAAGCUACAAGUUGAUCGUUCAGCUCCGUGUCGAUCCAUCUCGUCGUGAAAUUGUGCCCAAGUCUCAACACGGUGAGCCUGGCCUUGGUGAUUACUGGAUUCUCAAGGAAAAUGAUGCCAUUCGUCCAUAUGGAAUUUGUGUCUUUCCGUGC